AUGGAUUGGGCAGAAUGUCCGCCUAUUACCAAAAUUUACCUUGUUGGAGCAUUAGCCACGAGUGUAGCAGUCCAAUGUCAUUUAGUAACUCCUUACCAGCUUUAUUUUACAUAUCGAGCCACUUUUGAACAUGUUCAGCUUUGGCGACUAGUGACUAAUUUCCUUUACUUUGGUCCCUUAAGUCUUGAUUUCUUUUUCCAUUUAUUCUUCUUUAUGAGAUAUUCCAAAAUGUUAGAAGAAAAUACUUACCAUGGUCAUCGAGCCGACUACGCCUGGCUCCUAAUAGUCUGUUGUACCCUUCUCCUAUUACUCUCACCACUCUCACCCGCUCCAUUCUUAUCAGCUCCAUUAAGUUUCACAUUAGUUUAUCUAUGGGCAAGACUAAACUCAUCAGUUAGAUUAUCACUCUUUGGAGUGAUCACCAUCUCAGCUGGUCAUCUACCAUACGCACUUGUCUUAUUUAGUUGGGCAUUAAAUAGUGGUUAUCAUGGUGUAGUAGGUGAUCUACUUGGAAUCGCUGUUGGUCAUGUAUGGUAUUUCUUUACCGAGAUUUGGAAAAGAGAAUUAGCAAGUGGUGAAAAGAAUUGGUUAAAAACUCCUGAUCUUUUGUAA